UCCUUUUGAUUCAUUCAAGAUCAUUGCAUAGCUGAGAUUUUUCUAAAUGUUCCUUUCCCUUACCUCACCACCGCAGGUCACUGAUUGAAAGAAGAAAACAGUGAAAUCUAAAUCCCGUUGUGAAGAAAAUAGUGUUCUAAAUUUUCGAUUGCCAUCCAAGUGGAGGAGAGGUGGAAAAAAGCAGUGAAAAAAAAAUCUGAAACAGUUGCAGCAAUAAUAAUUAUUGUGCCCCUCGUGAGCGAGCAAGCGGCCAUCAGCAACUCACACUUUUUUUUGCAAUUUAUACGCAAUAAAAUCAUCAGCCAAUCAUCCAGCCACAGAAAGCAGCAUCGAAAGUAAGCAACAACAAGAAGAUCGGUUUUGAUUUCCUUCGAGGUCAAGAAUUUUGCAUUACUCCCACCCACUUUGGUUACGGCAAAUAUUGUAUGGUUCCUCCUCGGGGCCCGCCUUUGCCAGGGAUAAAUUAGUACCUACAUUCCCUUUAUUUUCGGUUUUUCAUAUCGUGCUACGCGAAAUAUUUUACCGCUGAUUUUGUGCUCUUAUUCAAGAUUGCUUUUUAGUUAACUGCUCGCUCACAAAACUCCCUCGAUAACUGAACUUUGAAGACCAUUGUAGAUCGCGUUUUUACUGAAAAACUGUGAGUGUGAGUGUGCCAAUUAAUUCAGUUAGAACAAAACCGCGUGAGUGAGCUUGUAACACAAUCAAAAAUCGAAUCAGCGAAAGCAACACAAAAAUCGUUUCUGGACACGAGUUAUACAUCCCUCAACAUCUCAACCAUACAUCAUUACUACUGCGCGCAACAAUUCGGCAGCAGCAAUUAAAAGGAAAUUUGCGAUUGUACCGCUGUAGUUGUCGGUUACCCUUUAUUUGUACCUACUACUACCGCCACCAAUCAUCACCACUAGUGCAACAUACUACUUUUUCGCCAUCCCACCAACAGUAGUAGAGCAAAAGCGCAGCGCAAUCAUUCAGUCACGAUGAAACGAAACGACACGCAGAUGAACGUUGCUGGCAUACGCCGAAACAUCAAGAAUCUUGCACACAACUAUUCCGAUGCCCAGAUUAAAGUUCGCGAGGCGACCUCCAACGACCCAUGGGGCCCCUCGUCAACUAUCAUGGCGGAGAUCGCUGAUCUUACCUACAACGUGGUAGCCUUUUCGGAGAUUAUGCAAAUGAUUUGGAAGCGGACCAACGACCAUGGGAAAAAUUGGCGCCACGUGUACAAGGCACUGCUGCUGUUGGAAUACCUCAUCAAAACGGGUACCGAAAAGGUGGCACAGCAAUGCAAGGAAAACAUCUACGCAAUCCAGACGCUAAAAGACUUUCAAUACAUCGAAGAGGGAAAGGACCAGGGAAUGCAUGUGCGGGAGAAGGCCAAACAAUUGGUUUCGCUGCUGAAGGAUGACGAACGGCUGAAAAAUGAACGAGCGCGGGCGUUAAAGGCAAAGGAACGAUUUGCCCGAACAGCUAGUGGGUUCGGAUCGGAUGGAUCCAUCGACGGUCCCACCACCAGAGAUGCUCGCCCUCCGAAUUGGGGUGAAGGAGAACCAACUGGCCGACCAGUGUCGGAAAUUGAAUUCGUCAGACCUCAGACGGUGGGAGAGGAAGAACUGCAGCUACAGCUGGCCAUGGCGAUGUCACGUGAAGAAGCCGAACAGGAAGAACAGAAGCGAAGGAGCGACGAUGUACGGUUGCAGCUGGCCCUUAGUCAGAGCGAGCAGGACUUUAGUCAAGAUGACGUGAAGCCGGCAAAUAGUGCCCUGGUCGAUCUGCUGGACAUUUCAUUCGGGGCCGCCAGUAUUUCCAGUCCUUCACAACAACCCGGACCAUCGACAAGCACCGAUCCUUGGGGCUUGCCAGUGGCCGGAGGAUCGAGACCACAGACUUCAGACCCAUGGUCACGAACCUCCUCACCGCCAGUGAUUGAUCCUUGGCUCAAUAGUGCCUCGGCCCUUCCUCCACCGACAUCUAAACCACCACUAGCAGCCGCAGGGAUUGGAUUGGAUGUUUGGGCUCCACCACGGACACAUUCACCUUCGGUAACGUCCGGUUCAUCUGUCGAAGGUUGGCUUCACAAUGGUACAGGCGCUGGAGCAGUAAUUCCACCAGGAACCAAUGGAAACGUUGACCCAUGGCUCAAAUCAUCUGCUCCUAGUGCAAGCGACGCGUGGCAACCUAAACGAGCUACACCAGUGCCUACGGCUGAUCCCUGGCAGCCACCAAGUUCAACCCCUGCUAAACACGACCCUUGGGCGCCACUUGCAGAUGGAGCUUUUGCGCUCCCUGCAAACCGACCAUCUCCUGUAGGAGCUAUUACCUCGCCGGCUUCAGACCUAGAUGAGUUCGAUAUCAUCACCAAACGGAGCAAUAACAACAACGCUGUCAACAAUAACCUGAAUAACAAUGGCGGAUCCUUACUGGACGACCUAGAUCCGUUAUCUUCUAGUAACACCUCCAGUUCAGCCAGCAAUUCCACUCCAUCUGCCACGACGACAACGAAAAAGACGCCCGCCUCGUUCCUCGGUGAAAACUCCUCGCUGGUCAAUCUGGACAACCUCAUCAAACCAGUAACGAACGCACCUGGCACAGGGGCAGGGGCGCCGGCAUAUAAUCCUUUUGGUGAAUCGGCACCAGUGCAGAAAAACCUGUUCCAGCAAAACCAACCACAGGUUCCGUCCAUUAAUCAGCUGAAACAGUCGCCUUUCCCAGUGACGCUCAACCAGGAUCCAUGGGCACCAGUCAAUCCAGCUGCGGCGGCGCAAUUUGGUGAGCAUAACUAUAGCACUGGAAUGGGCCACUCUUCUAACAAUAUUUCCUCGUUUGGAUUAACCGACGAUAUUGAUCAUGGUUUCGACUCUAAUAACAACAAUUCACCUCCCGAUACCUUUGAUUACGAUAAUAACAAUCGUCCUAUUGGCUCGGUCAAUGACCGAGAUGACGAAACUUUCGAUGCAAAUUUCCUUCCAACCACGUACAUUGGCAAACAGCCCAGUAACGCCAAUGCUCCACUGGAAACUAUUACUAACCCAAGACUACCACCUGCUCAUCCGGCUCCCAUCUAUAAUAGCCAGUCGGAAUUGAGCGAUCUGUAUGACUUUGGUUUUGGUGACGAUAUUCAGUGUGAUACUAACAAUUUCAAAACUGACCAUCAGAACAACAUCAACAACAACGCCCCCUGGAUGAAUCCACAGUCAUCGAAUCCAUUCCUGUCGUAAGAUCAAUUCCUACAUAGCAAAACCAUAGAAUCAAUAGCAGUUUUACCAGAACCGAAACAGACAACUGGCGGAAAGCGAAGCAUAUGCAUGUGCAUCUCAACACAGUGAGGGUAAAACAGGUUACUUAUUGCGAUACAUAGAAGAAAAAAACUUAUAUCCGAAAACCAAAAGUGAAUAUUGCCCUCUUCGUACUAUAAAUAGUAACCAAAUCUCCUAAAUCAAUGUUGACCAGCAAAAGAAAAAUGCUGCUCCAAAUGUAGAUAUGACUGUAAAUCAAUAGCGAGAAGCAAAACAAAUUCUGAACCACGCUCCUUUCUACGUCCUUCAACUUUAACGCCGCUACGAAAAGAGACAACAAUCCCUACUCAAAUUCAUACAGAACUCUCAAACAACAGCUAGAAAACUCUAAUAUAUAUAAAAACGGAUGAAAAUCAUAAAUGCCUUACUAAGUGUUAAAAUACAAAAGAAGUAAACUAGUGAAAAUAAUCCUAACGACUGCUAAAAUGGAACUACUAAUUGGUAGAAGCUCUAGUAAGCUAAUGUUUUUUGUAGAAAAAAAUAAAUCAUGAAACAAAGGAGCUAAAAACCCAACUACAUAAAGAUGAACUGUACGUGCAUACAUGUAGGGGCGCUCUGGGUGAGGGCAAACAAUUUUUACGUCUAAACAAUGAAAUCAAUUUUGAACGUUUUUGCUACAACAACAAAAUCAAAUGAAAGUAAAAUAGGUACUUCUUUCGUAAAUGUGAUAACUGUUACCACACAUACUACCAUUUUUACAUGAACAAAAAAAAAUCACGUAAACAAAACACGUAAUCACUUUGAAAAAUACCUAAUCGUUGAGAACGUUAGAAAAAUGAUUGGUACUAUAAUUCUGUACUCACUUUCAUACCCCCCACAGACACCUUCUUUUUUGCUUUUAUUAUUGCUACUUGAGGUUAAACAAAGGCACCCGGAGAUGAGAUUUUCUAUUUUGAGAUGGUUUCAACAAAAUCUAUUGCUUUAAAAUUGUGUAUGAGAUGUAUUAGAAAAAGUAAAUAGUGAGGUUUUUUUCUUAAUCAAUUCAUCAUCUACAGCAAAGAUUGUUCAUAUUGCUAUUAUAUCAGCUGCUUUAGGUGAAUCUAAGUAAAUACAGGCUUCGCUUUUGUGCCGACCGUCAUUGUUUAUGAAAAUAGAAAAGAACCCUUGGAGCUUUAGUUUGAAAUGAUAUAUACCUAUCUACUCACACAUGGAAGACGAUUGAAAAAUGCUACGAAUACUGGUUAUCAUGAAAAGUAUUGCCCUUUUUUAUCAUGAAGAAUGAUAGAAAGUUCAUAUGUUUAUUUUACUUGUGCUGCGGGAGUGUACACUAUUUUUUCGCAAAUAUUUAUUUAAAUAAAAGUAAAGUUAUUAUUGUCAUAAUGAGUAGAACGAGAAACAUCCAAACAAAUCGUAAUACAUUGUUUACAGAGAACUAGAUCCUAUUACAUUACUAGCGAUUCUUGAGUUUGGUCUUUUUUCUGAUAUCUGGAUAGUUACUCUUCAGCCUGGAACGGGAAUCAAGAUAGUAUACACAUUCUGAUAGUCGACAUGCUUGUUGUCUUGUUUUUUUAUUCGUUUCGUUCCACUUUUAGAUAGGUUUGGAGGUAAUACCGAGAAGUAGGAAAGAACAGGAGGUAAUAUUUUGCUAAAUUUAACUAAACAAAAUUAACUAAUUCUAAGAGAGGAACACUCUUCAAUUUCGAUUGAAAACGGAUUAACCAGAUAGGAAAGGUGAACACAUGUAUAGAAUUAAAAGAUUAUUUAGAAUGGAAGGAUGAAAUUAUAUAUUUUAUAAAAUAAAUUGAAUUGAUUUCAAUA